AUGGAACAAUCGCUAACGGAAACAGGACAAUCAACAACCGACGAAGAUAACCACCAAUUCGUGGCUAGCAAAGGUUGGUUUGAAAAGUUCAAAAAACGGCAUGCUCUACACAAUUUGAAAAUUCAGGGUGAAACAGCAUCCGCAGAUGCUGAUGCGGCGAAUAAAUAUCCUGAACAGUUCAUAAAAAUUAUUGAAGAACAUGGUUAUUUGCCAGAUCAAAUAUUUAACGCUGAUGAGACAGAUAAUGCACCAGCUCAUGCAACUGAUUUAAGUCAUCCAAAUAUUCAAGUUGAGUUUUUACCGCCCAAUACUACAUCAAUAUUACAACCUUUAGAUCAAGGAAUAAUAUCAACCUUUAAAGCAUACUACAUACGCAAAUCAUUUGAAUUAAUAUUAGAGAAGAUAGAAUCAUUGAAUAUAACGGUCAAAGAAGUCUGGAAACAGUUCUCAAUUUUAGAUUGCUGUGAAAUCGUCGGCAAAUCACUCAAAGACAUUCGUCAAUCAACACUGAGAGCUUGCUGGAAAGCACUUUUGCCAGAGGUUGUAGUACAGGAAACUGUUGUUAAUCUCGUUGAGGAUGAAUAUGAAAACGUAGUGAGACUGGCAAACGUAAUAAAAGGCGAUGGAUUUGACGAAAUAAAUGUGGCUGAUAUUCGAGAAUUAGUUGUGGACGACGAAUUAAAUGAAGUAUAA